UGUCACUACAGCCUACUCACACAAAGUGGGGGUUAAUGGAUGCAGACAAAGGCACUGUACAUUAGUGUUUUAGAGAUCAGACAUGGUUGAGAUUUCUGAUUAUAUGAACUACAGUGAGAAAGGAGAAGGGCAUGUAGAGAUGGUAGUGGAAAUCUACGACAGCGUGGAUGUCGUUAAAGAUUACAAACCUACCGUAGAGACAGAUGCCUUGGAUGUAAAGAACAUACAGACUCAACCCACAGGAGAAACUGCAUGGAGCAGACAUUACAGACUGAGUGCAGUGUGUUUGCUGCUGCUGUGUGUUUUCCUGCUGACUGCCGUCACAGUGCUGUGGGUCAAAUACAAUACCCUGAAAAAAGAGAGACCCCAGUUACAAUUAGAGAGAGAUCAGUACCAACGAGAGCUCUCUGAACUUCAGUGUCCUUUUAAACCUGGCAGAGAGAAGCACCGUACUUUAGUGUUUUAUCAAUCAGUCAUGUCUGAGCUAGUAUCUGAUUAUGCGAACUACAUUGAGACGAGAGGACGGCGUACAGAGAGGGUGGUGGAAAUCUUUAAGAAUGCAGAUGCUGAGAGAGGCCAUGACUUUAAACAGGAGAAAAUCAACAGUAAGAGAAGUAUACAGACUGGACAAACAGGAUUCAGUGCAGGGGGCAGAUGUUACAAACUGACUGCAGUGUGUGUGCUGCUGCUGUUGCUUUAUGUUCUCCUGCUGACUGCCGUCACAGUGCUGUGGAUCCAAAACAACAAGCUGAAUGGAGAAAAAGAGCAGUUACAGACCAGUUACAGCAACCUGAAUAUAGAGAGAGACCACUUACAGACCAGAUUAUACAACAUGAAAAAUGAGAAGAACCAGUUAAAAUUUCAGAAAGACCAGCUACUGAGCCAUAAAGAACAGUUAGAGUUGCAAAGAAACCAGUUACAGAAUGAGACAUCAAGACUGGAGAAAAUAAUUUUAAUCCUAGGAUGGAGAUUUUUCAACAAGAGCAUUUACAACAUUUCUACUGUUGAGAAGAGCUGGGAGAAAACCAGACAGGACUGUAUAGAGAGAGGAGCAAAUCUGGUGAUCAUAAACAGUACAGAGGAACAGGAGUUCAUCAGUAAAAAUUUUGCUGGUACUGAAGCUUGGAUUGGUCUGAAUGACACAUACACAGAGGGGACAUUUAAAUGGGUGGACGGUUCACCACUGACCACUAAGUUCUGGUGGAACGGAGAACCAAAUGAUUAUGGACAAAAUGAAGACUGUGUUAUAACAGGCUUCACAAAGGCUAUGUCUAACAUCUCGACCUGGGCUGAUUAUCCCUGUGACAACCCUGUAGUUGGAAUUUGUGAGAUGAAUAUAUUUAACUGAAUCCAUGAAACUACAAAAAACUAUAUGGAGCUCGUGUCUGUGCUUCCUUUUCAUUUAUUCUCACAGUAGCAGCUAUCAGGUAGCUUGAAUGAUCAGUUUUCUGUACAUUUAAACAAAGAUUAAAUACAACAUGGUUUUGUAUUUACAUAGAGCUGAGAACAACAGUCUAUAAA